CAGAGAGACAGACAGAUAAUGAGACUGAAUCAUACUAAGAGACAGGGACUCAAGAAAUACAACUUCUUUAAAGCAUUUAAAACCAGCAAGUUGACAUAUAGAACACAUGCACACAGUGGAUCAAAUUGCAUUACAGGGGAUCAGCAGCAGUAAACUUAAUCUAAAUGUGGUUUUAAUACAACAAUUAAAUACUUAACCCAGGACCAGCAAUCUCACAACGAUAAACAGAGUAAUAUCUAAUAAACUACUAAUGGUUUAUUUUGUUGUUCGAGCUUAGGCAUCCAGCAGGACCACAGUUACUGUAACUCCAGCUUGUCUUAGGAUCAAAUUACCUCAUCGUCUAGUUACUUGAACUCCAGUUUUUCGCUAAGAUGAAGAUGAGCAUCAGAAUAUCAGCCAGCUCUAUCGGUGUGCUCCUGGGCCUCCUGACCAUCACAGAGGGGAUGAGCCUAGGUGACUUGGGGUCAGACUUACGUUGUCGCUGCAUCCAGAUGGAGAGACGUCGGAUUGGUAAACUCAUCGACAAGGUAGAGAUGUUCCCUCCCAGCUCGCACUGCAAAGACACUGAGAUCAUAGCCACUCUGAAGGGGAGCAGUAAGGAGAUUUGUUUGGACGUCAGCGCUCUCUGGGUCAAGAAGGUCAUUGAGCAGAUGCUGGCCAAGUACAAGAUAAAAAAAGACCUAAAGACCUUGUCCAAACCGACCGUGUAAAACAACAAGAUGUUUGUCUGUCUACCUAUCCACCCAUUUGGAAAAGGGUCUACAGUAUAUGAAUCAUAUACAGAUAACAUUUACAGUUGCGGCCAAAUAUAUUGGCACCCUUGCACUUUUAUUAAAUUCCCUAUUUCUUCUAAAAUAAGUUGAAAACUGGGUCACCACACCUUGUUAUUGGAUUUUCAACAUAAGAGAACCUAUUUUAUUUUUGUAAACUUUAGUUGUAUUGCUUAUUGUAUUAAUUAAUGAGCUUGCUGCACAUUUCUACUGACAAUCUGGCCCACUUUUCAGCCGCAAACUGCUCUAAUUCUUAAAUAUUUUAGGGGUGUCCUCCACCAACUGCUGUUUUCAGAUCUUGCCAUAGGUUUUGGAUGUGAUUCAGAUCUGGACUCUUCACUGGCCACUCCAGAACAGUCCAGCAUCGCUUCUUAACCAUUCCUGGGUGGUUUUUGAUGUGUGUUGUUUGGGGUUGUUCUCCAGCUGGAAGACCCACAACCUUUAAUGGAGACACUGGCUUAAACAUUGGACUAGAAAACUUGGCGCACGUUCAAUGCUCUGAUUCAUUCGUGGGGGAUGACAUGUUUACUGUUGCCUUGUUUAAAAUUCAAAUUAAUAUGAUUGGAGGCAAUGAUUCUCGUUGAUUGUGUAAUUUAUCUCACCUGUGGUAAGUUGCAGGUGCCUAUAGGUAAACACAGCCUUCAGCCAAAACUGAACAUUCUGCUCCAUUGCACUCCAUUGUAAAGUACAAUGGUGCCAAUAUAUCUGACCAUAAUCUUAAAAAUGCAUUGUUGGUUAAGUUCUUGUAAGUAAGCAUUUCACAGUAAGGUUGUAUUCGUCGCAUGUGACAAAUACAAUUUGAUUUGAUUUGAUCAUAUAUGAUUUGACUUAAAUAAAUGUAUUUCGGAAUACAGAAAGACUUGCAUAUACUGUACUUGAGUAAAGAAAAUAUACAACAUUAA